ACUGCAAAUCUUUAUAAGGUAGUAGUUCAUCUACGUACUGUGCAGUUCUCUCAUCAUCAAAACGCAAAAUACUAAAGGAAAUUUGUCGGGCAUUUUGAUAGAUUUUACGGGAUUUUACAGGUUGACAUAACCGCUGCUUUAGGAUCACAGGAAACAUGGCUUCACUGCGCCACCUGAGGCGGUGCUACCCUACAGGCAUUGCUACCUCUCAUUUUCACACCAGCAGCUGUGCCUCUGGCAAGCAGCAUUUCAAAAUGUUGGUCCUUGGAGGAGGAAGUGGGGGCAUCACGAUGGGCGCACGUAUGAAGAGGCUGGUUGGAGCGGAGAAUGUAGCUGUUGUGGAGCCCUCAGAGAUGCACUACUAUCAGCCAAUAUGGACUCUGGUUGGUGCUGGUGCAAAAACUGUAGCCUCAUCAGGUCGUCCCACUGCCAGUGUUAUGCCAUCUGGAGUGAAGUGGGUGAAAUCCAAGGUUCAGGAAAUAAACCCAGACAAAAACACUGUCUUCACAGAUGAUGGAAAGGAGAUCUCAUAUGAAUACUUGAUUGUGGCUCUUGGUUUACAACUACAUUAUGAGAAGAUUAAAGGGCUGCCAGAGGGAUUUGAUCAUCCAAAGAUUGGUUCAAAUUACUCUGUCCAAACUGUGGAGAAAACAUGGAAGGCUCUGCAGGACUUCAAAGAGGGCAAUGCUGUGUUCACCUUCCCAAAUACCCCUGUGAAAUGCGCUGGAGCUCCACAAAAAAUCAUGUACCUGUCAGAUGCUUAUCUCAGAAAGACAGGGAAAAGGGCGAAGGCCAAUGUGAUAUACAACACGUCACUACCGGUGCUGUUUGGGAUCAAGAAAUAUGCUGACACACUGUGGGACAUUGUGAAAACGCGUGACCUACAAGUGAACCUUCGGCAUAAUCUGAUUGAAGUACGGGCGGACAAGCAAGAAGCUGUGUUUGAAAAUCUUGACAAACCAGGCGAAACUAAAGUGGUAGAGUAUGAAAUGCUUCACGUCACACCGCCAAUGGGGCCCAGUUUGGUGAUUAAAGGUAGUCCACUGGCUGAUAAGAUUGGCUGGUUGGAUGUCAACAAAGAGACUCUCCAGCAUAACAAAUAUCCAAAUGUGUUUGGGAUUGGAGACUGUACCAACCUGCCCACAGCUAAAACUGGAGCAGCUGUGGCUGCACAAUCUGCAAUACUCAACAGAACUAUCAAGAAGGUACUGAAAAAUGAGAAGCCAGAUAAAAAAUACGACGGGUACACCUCUUGUCCCCUGGUGACGAGCUAUAAUACAGUUGUUCUGGCAGAGUUUGACUACAAUGGACAGCCACUGGAAACGUUCCCCAUCAACCAAGCCAAGGAAAGAAGAUUAAUGUAUUAUAUGAAAGCUGAUGUGAUGCCUCAUCUCUACUGGCAUGGCCUUCUCCGGGGUCUCUGGGGUGGGCCAGGGCCGUACAGGAAGCUCCUUCAUCUUGGGAUGAAAUAAAGACGUAGCAUCAGUUUGUAUCAUAAAAAUGGUACCAAAACUUAACUGGACAAACACAUGAAAUUUGUCAUGCCAUAAUCUGUAAACAAAUUCAAGUAGCUUGAGCAUUAUUCUGUUAGCUUUGUCAUGAACAUCAUAACAUGUUGGAUAAAAAUAUUUUCUAAAUAUCAGUGUCUAACCCUACAUAUAGGCACUUAUUGAUGUUGCAAUGAAGAUAGAUGGCUUGCACAUUUAGAUUUAAACUGCUUGUUGCUGAAUCUCCCUUUGACAGCUCAUUGAAUGACAAGAUUUUCUACAGCAAAGAACAAUUUUAAUUCUUUGUUUUUUUUUUUGUAAUAUUUUGUAGUGUGCCCGUGUAUCUGGGUGAACUUUGUAGGUUUUGUCUGCUAGAUACAGAGUUCAGACCCACAUGGCCUAGAUGCAUUCAAUAAACUGAUAUACAUUCUCCAAAAUUCAAUUUAGGUUGUUGCCUGUUGACGUGUUACUUGCAGUGAGCUGGCAAAGAAAAUGUUGUUUAUUUCUGUUUUUUGUACAUUCACACAGUGAGUUGUUUCUGUAGAAUAUUAGUGGGAUGCUUAACUCUACAGCUGUAAUCAUGAGUGUUGGCUGUAACACAAAGUUUGUAUGCAAAUAUUCUCUUUUUCAUAUUGCUCCAUCUUGGUGGAGGUUAGUUAUGUGUCAAAUGGUUGAUGAUUUCUUUUAACUUUUAAAACUAAAUGUCCAAUCAGUUAACACAUGCAGUAUCCGACCAAAUAUUUUAUAAGAGCUGUUUGGGGAUACUUGAUCAUUAACAUGCAAAGUUAGUGUUUUUUCGUACAUCUUAAAUAUGCCAGAUACGUUUUUCUAGUUAUUUUCUUUGUACUGAGCCGAGACAUAAACAUUUUGACAUACUGCUGAGUUAAUCGUAUGUUAAAAACAUUUGUUUGUCUUAAAUUAAUAAUUUAAAAGACUGAUUUUGGUUUUCCACAUUGUUUUCAGUGACUACUGUAAUGCUCAUACCUUCCAGGCAUUGGAAGUCAACAGCAGGCCAAUACUAACUCAGGCAGACCAACAGUUCAUGUCAGUGCAUGAAUAAUAAAUCAUUUCAGAUGA